AUAGAGGGACUAUUGUAUAUGUAUAUAUAUAAACGCAAAUAUUGUAAGACCGAAGAAAGAAGAAUCAACAUUAUUGUUCGGUUGGCCGUGAAGAUCAAGUCACAUCGCUAUCAGAUAUAGCUGCAGCUGCUGCCGCUUUAAUUAAUUUGCCGAAGAAGAAAUGGCAGAAAGCUGUGUGGAACCGUUGCUCUCUAGGAUCCAUCGCUUAGACUACAUGUUAAAGCAACUGGAGGAGAUUAGAGGAGGAGCCAGCGGGGAUGGCUAUGUUCGUCAUGGAUCAUUCACGAAGAGCUCCAUGUCCACGUCGGAGCCAUCCACCCCAUCGAGCGGCACCGAUGGAGGAGCCUCCUUGAGCAAUGACUUCUCCCCUAGGAGCCUUCAGAAGCACUGCCGUCCGAUCGACAGCGUCAUCAUGGAGGCGGAGUCCAAAGGGACGCUCAUCGAGAGGCUCGAUCACGUUGAGGAGCGCCUCUUGAAGCUGUGUAUGCGGAUGGAGGAGGAACUGGAUGCUGUGAGACAAAAGGAAGAUCAUCAGAUCAGGAUAAUUGAGAAUACAGAUGAAAAGGCCCCUAGGAAGAAGAGUAAGAAGAAGAAGGGUUUGAAGCAGAUCGUUAAGAAGUUGGUUGGAGGAGGAGGAGGAGGAGGGAACCCCGACCAUUCAUCACCGUUAUAGUCUGACCAAUACACUGUCCAGUUCCAUGGUUGUCUCAAAUAAUAUUUCGGACACUGAUCUCGAGACCUGCUUAAUUAAGUGUCAUGUACUCUUGUUUCGUUCUAUGCGUGGACUGACUAGUGAGAUAUAUACAUAUAUGUACUUACGUGUGUAUAUAUGUACGUACAUAUAUACAAAAACACGUGGGGGAGUACUGUUGAGUAGGUGUUCCGUUGUACUGUGUAAGCUCUUGAUCAGCUGCUUUUGUGAGAUUAAAAGUAUUUGGCCGGAGACUUGACUGACUAGUGUUGUAGUUGCAUUGGGAAUCCAAUAGUUAUAUAUCAGAAAGAUAGCCUGAAAAAUCAGUUACUUUCG